AUGUCGGACAGCUCCAAGGUUUUUAAGAAGACCAGCCCCAAUGGGAAGUUAUCCAUCUACUUGGGGAAGAGAGAUUUCGUGGACCAUGUAGAUUCUGUGGAACCUGUAGAUGGUAUUGUCUUGAUUGAUCCAGAGUAUCUGAAGGAUAGAAAAGUGUAUGUGACCCUGACUUGUGCAUUCCGCUAUGGCCGAGACGACCUGGAUGUUAUUGGCUUGACCUUCAGGAAGGACCUCUAUGUCCUGAGCACUCAGAUUUAUCCUCCUGUGCCAGAACAGACGCCAACUUCCCUCACUCCUUUGCAGGAAAAGCUGCUGAAGAAGCUGGGCGAGCAUGCUUACCCCUUCACUUUCGAGAUGGCGACCAACUUACCCUGUUCAGUCACUCUCCAGCCAGGACCGGAUGAUCUUGGAAAGGCUUGUGGUGUGGACUUUGAGGUCAAAGGAUUUUGUGCUGAAAAUCUGGAGGAGAAAAUUCACAAGAGGAAUUCAGUGCGACUGGUGAUCCGAAAGGUCCAGUUUGCCCCAGUAAAUACGGGCCCAGCACCAAAGUCAGAGACUACCAGGCAAUUCAUGAUGUCUGACAAGCCCCUACACCUCGAGGCCUCCUUGGAUAAGGAGAUCUAUUACCACGGAGACCCAAUCACUGUCAAUAUUAAUAUCAACAACACCACCAACAAGAUUGUGAAGAAAAUUAAAAUAUCAGUCGAGCAGAUCACGGAUGUGGUUCUCUAUUCGCUGGACAAAUAUAUGAAGAACGUGUGCACAGAAGAGAUAAUUGAGACUGUGGCUGCCAAUUCCACAUUCUCCAAAAGCUACACAGUGACUCCCAGCCUAUCAUCCAACCGUGAGAAGCGUGGCCUGGCACUUGACGGCAAACUCAAACAUGAGGACACCAACCUGGCCUCCACCACCGUACUGAGAGCUGGGAUGGACAAGGAGGUAUUGGGGAUCCUGGUGUCCUACAAAGUGAAGGUCAACCUUGUGGUAUCCAGAGGAGGCAUCCUGGGAGAUCUCACUUCAAGCGAUGUUGGUGUUGAGCUGCCUCUUAUUCUGAUGCACCCAAAGCCCAGUGAUGACAAGCCAAGUGAGGAGGACAUUGUGAUUGAGGAAUUUGCUCGCCAAAAACUCAAGGGGGAGAAAGACGACGAAGAUGAGAAGGAGGAAGCUGACAAAGACGAAAGCUAAUCUGCUGCCCUGCCCAGCCCAGCCAAAACAUGCGGUAGUGACCACUCUAGUGCACAUAGAUUUUUUAGAGCAGUCCCUGAUGUACCAAUCUUAUAUGUGUGGUGUGAUACAAUCAUCAUUUGUUAGCAACUGUAACUAUUUGAAUGCUGUCAAGGAAAUGUGUUACAUUCUGUUUAUGCCACUCACUGGAAUGCUGCAAAGUUA